ACCGUGCUCGAUCGACAUGCAGCACUGCAGCCUGAACAGAGAGCACGCACACAGACACGCCCUUUCGCCUUUAGGCCUCCCCAAAGCCCGGCUAGCUGCUAUUUAAGCACGCAUGGCACUUGGCAGGCAGACCCUCCUCUCUAGCUACGCACCCACACAGACACAGUCCACCACUGCUACUCCAUGGAGACAGCAGGUCAGACGACACUCCAGGAAAGCGCUGUGCACGCCCGGAGGCAGGCGGCGUGUUGGUGGCCUUUGGACACCACGGCAUGCAGCAGCUUGGACUUGGACGACGCGAGCACCUUCAGCAGCAGCAGCCUCCUCCUUGGAUGGGAAUGGGAUCCACAGCUCUGCUGCUUUGGUAGUCCCCAUGCCCGAGACUCUGAGCUCUUCGGCCCCACAUGCAUGGAGUCUCCGGUGUCCGAGGCGUCAGCAGCGGCGGCCACCGGGGAGCUGGACGAUGAACUACUACUCAUGAGCCUGUGGGGCGAGUGCCACCUCUUCAGUUCCUGCAGCGCUCUCAAGGAGAAGACGGCCACCUCUUCCCAACGUACUCCUAAGAGUUUACAAUCUGAUGAUGAUCAUCAUUCCGAUCUGCCGACAUCCCCGGCCAAGACUACUCCGGCGACGGCACAAGCAGCAGAGCCUUCGCACUGCGACGUGGACCUACGGGCCAGUUACACCGGCGGCGCCCAGCAGCAGCAGCAGCAGCAGCACCGAACCACUCGUGCCGCCAACAGCUCGUCGAAGCGCUCGGCGACCGAACCAGAAGGUACCGCGGCCGUCCGGACCUCCUUCUGUCACAGUACUAAAACCGCAGCAACGGUUUCUCAGUUCUCUCACUGUUCUCCUGUGCAUGCCCUUGUCCCUCUGCACGCAGAGAAAGGAGCAGAAGGCGGCAAGAGGAGCCGCAAGGCGCCGGGCUCCACCGCGGUGGCGGCGUACCCGUUCGCCGUGGUGAAGCCCGGCGGCGCGGACGGCGGGGUGACGCUCGCCGACAUCAACCGGUGGAUCCUCACGCCGCCGGCUCGCCCCGUCCGGCACCCCGUGGGGGAGUUCGCGUGCGCCCCACGCGUGUCGGCUGCCAACCGGCCGGGGCCGUCGGGCAGGACGGUGGCCGGCUUCACCAGGCUCCGCACCGCUGGCAGAGGCACGAUAACCAUCGUGAGGACAAGAGGCUAAUUAAAUUUGGUGACUGAAGUGAAAACUAGUGACUAGCUAGCUGGUUGUAUUGUUCGUGCCGACAAGAGCAAAGUAGAUCGCUGCAGAGGGCUUUUUCAGAAACUGGGUUGGGUAGUGGUUGUGGUUGUACCAGCGGACAAGAAGGCUCGUACUGAGAAAUUGUACAUUUGUACCAUUUGGGUAGAUGGUUGCUGUCUUUAUGCUUCAACACCUGAAAGUUCACGCAACCGUGCAAGUUACGGCGCUGUAGAUUUAGGCUCAACAAGACGUAUAACACCUAAUAUGCUUUGCAAUAUGCUUUCAUGUAUGUCUAUAAAUAUAGAUUCUCUCUGUAAUUUGUGUUC